UUAAGCAAAAAUUAGUGUGAAAUGUAGCAAUUAACUCAUAGUUUAAAUUUCCUCUUAAAGAUGUAGUGUAGAAGGUUUGUUUCUCGUUUGUCUCUUUCGGUCCAGCUUCGUUUCACUUUUUUUAAAUUCUGUCGACGAUAAAUAAAUAAAUUAAAAGAAAAUCAGAGGAAAUUCUGGAAUCAAAGAAAUAAAAAAAUUUAAUCCAAAAAGACAAUUUCAUUAAGCUAAAAAAUGAUAAUUGGAAAUGAAUCUCGGAGAUGGCUUCUUCUUGUCAUAAGUCUUCUCUUGACGAUUCAACUCCGAGUUAACUCAGUCAAUGGACUCUGCGAAUACAGCUUCAUUGACCGUAACAAGCUCUACAACUUUAGCUUGGCUUCUCCUCUACCUAGAUUCCCUCACGGCGUCCUCAGCGAAGACGGGUUUUAUAAAGUGAUGGUGAAUGAGACUGCGCUCUGGUUUCAGCUUUGCGAUGGAAUGAUUUUUAACCAUGAUCCACCUAGAUGUGUUAAGUGCUCAGACUGUGGAGGCCCUUCACAUUGUGGAAUGAAAUGUAGUGCACUAGUGGCUGAAAAUGCUGGAGGUUACCAAGUAUGCACUACUAUUGGGCAAGUCUCAAGUACGAACGUUAGCGUAAUUGACAAGCAGAAUCCUUACAAGGGUGUCAUUGUUAGAAUGUCUAACAGUGGCAAAGAGCACAAUUGUUCACUCUCUGUCUCGAUCAUUUGUGAUUCAACCAUAGUUCAAGGGCCAAAUUCAAUCAAGAGACUGGGAACUUGUGAUUAUGCCACAGUGCUGCAGCAUCCUUCUGGUUGUGCAACAAUCAUAUCUGUUCAUGACAGCGGAUUUGGCUGGUUUGGUACCUUAAUGAUCAUUAUUGUAUGCCUCUUUGGAGCCUAUCUGCUUGCUGGUACAGUUUAUCGAUAUUUUUUCCUUGGAGUUCACGGUAUAGAAGCAAUUCCAAACUUGGAUUUCUGGGCCAGCUUACCACAUAGAACACAGAGUCUUUUCUCUUCUUUGGUGCGGAAGUUUAGAGGACCUUCAGCCAGUCAUAGAAGCUUCUAUUCUCAGGUCAAUUUUUGAGCAGUUGCAAUUUUUGUUGCUCCAUGUUAGUCGCUACUCCAGUUUUGAGAGAGCUCGGUCAUGAACCUUCCACAAGCAACUGCAAAUGAUUUUGUGGGGAGUGGUUUCCAAUCUGUUUAUGGCAUGAUAUCUUGAAAUCCGACGCAGAACUACCACAUAACAUCUCCUUUCUUCAGCCUCUUUUUCGUGUUUUUCAUCAUCUCUUUUCACAUGAUUAUUUCAUCCAUAUUGACCUUUUUUUAUGCAAUCUUCAUUCCUUUAUUGGACAUUUUUGUAGUUGUUUCUUAGGCUAUUUUCAUUGUAUUUUUGUUAUCAUCUUGGAUAAAAAUAAUGAUAAAUCAGACACUCUACUAUUUAUCUUCUGAAAAGAGAGUUUGAUCCUGACUUUAGUCAAGUUUAACUUUGUGAUGUGAAGAUGAAACUUGCAUGGUUUUGACUCAUGAAACAUCGUUUGUAUUUCUGUUCAGUUUGUAUUUGCUCGACCAUAUAGAGUUUAACAGGCUGUUAGAGAUUGGAAAAACAUUGGGUUAACCUGGAGUGUCUGUCUGGUUUGCUCUUACAAACUUGGGUCCUUCUUGGACUUCGUUCAGCUCAAAUGACAGCGUUUGAUGGAUUCUUUAAUCGCAUUACAGCAGAAACUUGAGUAAAUACAAGGGCUCUAGGCCUAAGAUGUCUUGGGCCUAAGGGACAGAUUUGAAUCACAUUUUGUAAAUCAAUAGUAUAAUUUUUUAUUUCCACACG